AUGUCUUACUACGAGCAGUGCAAACAGCCCUGCCUGCCCCCUCCCAUUUGCGUGCAGAAAUGCAACAAGUGCGUGGAGCCCUGCAAGACAGUGUGCGUUGAGCCCUGCGGCAGCGUCUGCGUGAAGCCAUGCUCCACGCCAUGCGUGGAGGUCUGCCAAACGCCCUGUGCCACCCAGUGCGUGGAGCCUUGUGCCACCCAGUGCACCACGUCCUGCAGCACCCAGUGCGUGGAUCCCUGCAGCGUCCAGUGCGUGGAGCCCUGCAGCGUCCAGUGCGUGGAGCCCUGCAGCACCCAGUGCGUGGAGGUCUGCCCCCCUAAGUGCGUGGAGGUCUGCGUAAAGCCAUGUGCCACUCAGUGCCCAACCCAGUGCCCCACCCCGUGCGUGGAGCCCUGCGUCACCCAGUGCUGCACCAAGUGCGUGGAGCCUUGCCCACCCCAGUGCGUGGAGGUGUGUGCCACCAAGUGCGUCGAUUCUUGCGAGACGGUGUGCCUGGAGCCGUGCAGCACCGUCUGCUCUCACCCGUGCUGA